UGCUGGCUCGUCAGUGCCUGCCAGAGGGUGAGAGGAACAGGAAAGCAGGGAGCCCGACAAGGAGAGGAGACGCAGGAUGAGAGGAGGAGCUGACAGAAACCCAUUCCAGCUGCGUUUCUGCCCCGACCCAAGCCAGAACUUUUUGGACGUUGCAGACAUUUUUAUUGUAUUGGAAGGGAACAAACGUCUGCUGCUUCGGUUCAGCAGACAGCAAACAGGAAUCGGUUCAUUCAACUUUUAAACAUGAACACAGGCAACUUAACGCUCUUGGACUCCUUGAUCUUUUCUCCGUUCUGUGAUGGCUGGAGCAACAACACAGAGGGGGCCUUGUACCAGCUGGGCAACACCGUCCUCUUCCUGGGGUACAUGGGAGGCAGCGGGGCCUUCGGGUGCCUCUUCAUCUUCGGCCUCAUGUGCCCGGCCUUCCUCUGCCUCACCAUGUGGGGCUGGAUGACGAUGUGCGGCAUAGACGUCUUCACCUGGCACCUGCUCCACCUGACCGCCUGCCUGCUGCAGGUCUGCCACCUCCUCUACCGGAUGCACCAGGAGGGCAUUCACAGCGAGGAGCUGUCUUCCCUCUACCAGGCGGUCUACCUGCCGCUGGGCGUACCUGUUCAGGUGUUCAAGGAGAUUGCAAAGGCUUUUGAGUACAAAGUGGUGGAGCUGAAGGCAGGAGAGACCUAUGCCCUGGAGGGCAAAACGCCAGUUGAUCAGCUCUCCUUUCUGCUGUCAGGGAGGAUCAGCGUGUCCCUGGAGGGACAGUUCCUACACUACAUCCACCGUCACCAGUUUCUGGACUCUCCUGAGUGGGAGUCUCUCAGACCAAACGAGGAAGGAAAGUUCCAGGUGACCUUGUUGGCAGAGGAAGACUCCCGUUAUGUUUCUUGGCGGCGCCGUCGGCUUUACGCGCUGAUAUCAAAGGAGCGUUACAUUGCCCGCCUCUUCUCUGUCAUGCUGGGAAGUGACAUUGCAGAAAAGCUGUACAACUUGAACAACAAGCUGUACAUCAAGAGCGGCGUGCUGCUGGACAUCCGCCUGCCGAGCCUCUACCAUGUGCUGGCUCCUGCCUCUCAGGGCAGCGAGGGCGGCAGCGGCAGUGACAGCGGCAUCUCCAAGGAGCAUCCAGCUGACCAACAGAGCCCUGACUCAGUACCAACUCACCAGAUGUCACAUCCGUCCCAAUAUCAGUAUCAUCCACAAGGUCCAAGAAUGUCAUCCUCAGACGUUCCUUUGACGCCAGAGAAUGACCAUCGUGGACUCCCCUGGGCUUCAGACCCGGACCUGCUUUCUGGUGAGGACUCCACCAGCCUGGUUUUGGAGGACUUUGCUGAUGUACCUGGCUCUUUGAUGGACUAUGGCAGUGAGAGGGAUUAUUUGAGGUAGAGGGGCAGGGUACUGGAGCUAACACACUGGUCACCACCUAAACUCAUGAUCUGAGGUUAAAGAUAACCUCCCUUCUCGGUUGAAAAGAGGAAGAGCACCGCUGGCCCCCACAGACACCCCCAAACUGUGAAAGCAGCCUUCUUCUGGAAACACCUGGUUGUCUAUUGUUCUAACAAAAGUAUGAAUCUUUCAUUUGUGACGCUGUUUUUUCCAAAAAUGCUUUUAAGCCCCAAAGCAGCUCCUUGUUUUCCUCUGAGAACACUAAAAUCUUUUCGUCCAUCAUUUAUGGUACUUGCUUUAUGCAUGGGAAAUGCUGUUUUUUUAUUUUAUUCACCGUGCCCUAAACCGGUUUUUCAUUUACUGUUUGUCUAAAUGUCACGACCAAGUGUGUCAUUUCCAAAACAUUGUUGGAUGAAGAACAGAAAAGCAUCAACCAUACUGGGAGGUGAAAAAGGUCAUCUGCAGAUUGCAGCCUAACAUGAAAUAACAUGAAAAUAGUGUUCCGACCAGCAACUUUUGAAACGUUUCUUUUUCUGAUGCAGAUUUAAGUUUGAACAUGUGUUUUGUGUUAGAUGUCUCACUCUGCACGCUGCGGUGAUUUGUCACAUUUCAGAUUUGGGUGUUUUUGUAACUUUAGUGUAUGAUUUGCUUUAGUCACAAAUGUGUCUGAAUUAAGAAGACAACAGCAAUUUCCUUUGUAAGAAAUAUUUCUUCUGCAUCUAAAGGGAAACUUGGUGCCUACAGACCACGUAUUUUUAUUUUAUUUGUAGCUUUGAUAAUGGAGGAUGUCAAACACAACUGAACACUGUGAAUUUUUCUCUGCUGAUGCCAACAAAGACACAAAAUGGGAUGUGUGUUUGAAGAGGGUUUUCUAUUGGGGCCAAGAUUUCUCCAUAAAGCUCUUUGUUUGCUGUGAUGAUCUAGUUUAGAUUUAGACUGUUUCAGUUUUCACAAACCUACAAUAGUAGCAACCAAAAGAUUUUAUUGUAUCAAGAUGUAAAGGUUUAAAAGCUCUCUACACCUGUUUUCCUUUUUUUAAGUUUUCAACACAAUUAAAGCUGGUUUCUCCAUUUUU